UUCUCUCAUGACACCGUGCAGAAAGAAGUGUAAGCGGAAAGACUGAAAGCGAACACAGAGAGAGAGAGAGAGAGAGAGGGAAGAAAUCUCAAAUCAGUUGCAGUUCCUUAAUUGUUCUUGUGGUCUUCUUCUCUGUCGUCGGCUUACUGGAGGUUCUGCCUGGUAGUUGUGAACUCCGGCAACGAAGUUCUUCUGCAAUAAUCGAAUUCAUGACGAUAGGUCACAAAGCUAGGGUUUUUGGGUUGCAGAACACUUUCUUGUCGCCAUUUCAAGCAGGGUUAGCCCUUGGGAAAUGAGCCUGCGGAUUACCGUAGGUUUUAGGGUCUGGUUUAUCAACGACAGCGAUUUCGUCCGCGGAUGGAGGGAGGUAGUAUCUUAGGCCUGCUGAUUCUGGGAUGCACCCAUGGAUAAUGAUGACAAUGAUUUCCAAAGCCAAAGUUUUCAGUUAGCUAGUGAAGAUAACUCCAAAUUUCUCCCAGGAUUACGCUCAUAUGGUCUUCCGAAAUUUGAUCUGGACGAAAAUCUUCAGGUCCACUUAAGGUUUGAUAAUUUGGUUGAAACAGAGGUUUUACUUGGUAUCCAGAGCCACGAAGACAAUCAGUGGAUUGAGGAAUUCUCACGGGAAGGUAGUGCUAUAGAGUUCAGUUCAGGUGCUGCUGAAUCGUGCUCCAUUUCAAGACAUAACAAUGUUUGGUCUGAGGCCACUUCCUCAGAGUCUGUGGAAAUGCUAUUGAAAUCUGUUGGGCAAGAUGAGAUGAUCACUGAACAUGCUAAUAAUGAGGAGUCAGGUGCUUGUGAUGGAGUAGGUACAUUAACCAAGCAAAUGGAACCCCAUUUAGACCAAGAUGGUUCCAUGCCAUCUAUGCAAAUGGAUGGCACAGAUGUCAGCUGUACAUUACCAACUGAAAAGUGUCGCGAGAACUUUCCUGGGCUUGAUGAAUGUUCCAGCCCAAAGCCUUUUGAGACUGAAACUACACUUAAAACAGUCAAAGAUGAAAAACCUGAGACUGGUAGUUCAAGAGAUCUCAGUCCAGGUGGUGUUGGUGAAAACUGGGGCCUAUCAACAAGUGGGGGAAAUUUACUAAUUAAUGGAAGAAAUGAGGAUUCAAAUAAGAGGGAUGAUGUUUCUUUCAUUGAUGGAGCUGUGGAAAACAAAGUCCAGAACAUUUCUGCUGCUUCUGAGGGUAUGCAAGUUGAGCACUUGGCCACCAUCAUGCAGAACUCUAGAGAACAGCAGCAGGUAACUGAAGAAUGUGCUGAGGUUAUUUCUUACGAACAUCCUAUUUGUUUGCAAAAUGAUAAUAUUGAGCAAGUCGAUGAACUUGCGGUUUCAUGCAAAGAGCCUCUGAUGGAUGAUCAGAACAGUGAAGAAAAUAAAGAUGAAACUGGUGCCAAUGUUGUCGAUAGCCCCUCCAAGUUGGCACUAGAUGUGGAUUCUGCCAUACCUGUUUCGGAAGGAUGCAAUAAAGAUGAGUGUUUUGAUCAGCCAAUCAAGCUCAGUGAAAGACAAAUGGUGGUUUUGUCCAAAGAUACUGAGAUGGGUGAUAAAUCCAUGGGAGUUGAACAUGAGGCAUCAUUUGGAGUGCUGGAGGGAGAGAGUAAUUUUGAAGGACAAGCCAUUGACGUCAGCAACAGAAAUAUAGGAAUUCUAUCAAGCACAGUACAGAAGGUAAAUUCUCUAGGACAGGUGUCACAAGGAGGGGGCAGUGCACUAUGUUUUGACAAACAAAAGGAUUUGUUAACAGGUGAUGGUCACCAGUUGGAAUCUGAGGUUUCAGUUGGUAACUUAGAGACAAUUUUGUCAGUAAAUGAAAACAUUGAGCUUUUUAAAGGCCAGUGUAACAAAAGCAGCACUAAUCAUAUUGAAAACAUCUCUAGUUCGACUAUGGAGCUUUGUUCCCCAACUAAUGAAAGCCACCUAGCAACUGAAAAUACGAAAGAUAGUCAUGUUGGUUCAAGAGUCCAUGGAGAUGGUCAUUCUGCCAAUGAUCCCCCCUCAUCUUCCAUGCAGCAGGUUGAAUCCAUGCAAAUGUAUGAAAGCAGCUUAGUUAUUGAACCUAUUGUUGUUUGUGAUAGUCAGCUAGAUUCGGCUGUUAUUGAAAGGGAGAAUGGGGUACAGAUUUGUGAAAGUAGUUUAGCUUCUGAGCGUAAUGAGGUUAAUGUCCUUGAAAAUGAGAAUGGAAGGACACGUGCUAAUUUCAGUAAUGUGGAAAGUGAGACAAAUGUUUCUGUUGUUGAUUCGAAGGGGGAUGCAUCCGCGUCUCAAAACCAAGAGGUAGUUGUUCAAGUAUCAGCCUCUGACCGGGGUGUCAGUGAUGAAUUAGCUUCUACAGGACUGGUUUCUGUAGCUACCAACUUGGCUUCCUAUAAGAAACUGGAUGGUGUUCAUGACUUGCAUCCAGGAAAUGGCAGUGUCUCAGGUCAAGUUAUUGAACAAAAAGAUGAUGGACAUUCAGCUGUAUGUAUUCAAGGCUUCACUCACUUGGAUAAAAAAGAAGUGAAAAAUGAUAUGUCAAAAGAAACUGGAUCCUUUGGUUUGAACGAGUGUUCUCAGAUGACAAGUGAGCCAGUUCUUUUAUGUGAACUUGAACAAUGUACAGCUCAUGACAGUGCUGAAGAAUUGCUUCCUGAGACAGUUGGUCAGUCACAAUCUUCCAUGGAGGCUAGUGAAGGAUGCCAGGAUGAAUGUCAAACUAUGAUUGAUGAUAAACCCACUCAAGGAUACCCCAAGGAGCUAGAAGAAUAUGCUUCAGUUCUUAAUGAAAAUAAUGGUUCUAAAGUGAUAGGAGUUCAUCAUGAUAAGUGUGAAGAGGCAUCUAUAAAAUUUGAUGGAGCACUGCCUAGCAACGGUGAGAUGCUUACGCAGCCAGUGCCUCUAUCCUUGGAGGGAUCUUUGUGUGUUGUUAGCAAGGAGGAUCAGGAAGACAAUAAAGAUGGCUUAGCAUCUGCAGAUAACAAUGAUGGGAAGAAUUUCAUUUCAAGAUCCGAAGGUGAUGCUGUCAAUGGCUCUAAGAUAUCCUGCAAACCUGCAGCAGAGUCUGAAAACUCCAGUGAAUUUUGUGCUUUGGAAGCUGAAAACAGCAAUCCGAAUUCUGAUGUCCCUAAUUGUGGUUCACCCACCAUUAUUAGUUGCAGUGAACCCUCUCGAAAUGACAAUGAAAAAUGGGAGGGAGAUGAGAUGACCAUGGACCAGAAGGCCUCUGAAGGCCUAGAUAAAGAGGCCAGAGGAGGUUCUAGUUCUCAUAACCCUGAAGGGAAUGAUUCUGAGGAUGAUAGAAGCUUCACUUUUAAGAUAAACCGUCAGACAGAUCCGUCUGACCCAGAAACUGAUGGGGGAUGGAAACUAUUUGGCAGUGCUCAGCCGUCUGACUUUGUUCAGGACAAAGAGGUUCCUUCAGCAACAUCUGGCUUAUCUCAAAAGGAUUCCAAGAUGGCACAAGGAAAUUCUCCUCCUACUUCUCAAGCAUGUAAGCAGGAGAAUGUGCGUGGUGGUUCCAAGGGUACUUCUGCGCAAAAAACAAGGAAAAGUUCGAACAAGGUAACUGAUAAUGGAACUGCUAAAGAUGGAAGAUCUCCAAAAGAGGGACCCCUUGUAAAACAGAUAAAAGAUAGAGGCAGUCCUUGCAAGAUUUCACCUAGUUCAAUUAGGGUGACAAGCCAGGUUGUGCAAGCUGAAGAGAUGCACCCCAAUUCUUAUGUUGAAGGCACUACUAGGAAAGUGUGUAGUGCUGCAACUGUUCAGGCAUCUUCUUUGCCAGAUUUGAAUAGUUCAGCUUCUCCAUCUGCAUUGUAUCAACAGCCUUUCACAGAUUUACAACAAGUGCAAUUGCGUGCCCAGAUAUUUGUCUAUGGAUCUCUGAUCCAAGGAAUGGCUCCUGAUGAGGCCAUUAUGAUGUCAGCCUUCGGAGAAUCUGAGGGCGGAAGGAGCUUAUGGGAAAAUUCUUGGCGUGUUGCUGUAGAAAGGCUUCAUGAUCAGAAAUCUCCACUCAGUUACCCUGAGACUCCUCUGCACUUGCAUUCAGGUUCUAGGGUGCAAGAACAAGGGACUAGGCAAAGUCCUCUGCAAAAUAAAACUUUUGGAAUGCCUGCUGUCCGACCUGGCAGCAAGACUUACUCUUCAUCAAUCAUAAAUCCUGCAAUCCCCCUGUCAUCCCCACUAUGGAGCAUUACUACUCCUUCCCGUGAUGGUUUGCAGUCUGGCAGCAUACCAGGGGUUCCACUCUUGGAUGCUCAUCAGACAUUUUCUCCAUUGCACUCUUAUCAGUCUCCUCAUGUAAGGCACUACGUAGGAAAUACAACUCCUUGGCCAUCUCAGGCUCCUUGUCCUGGACCUUGGGUUGUUUCUUCUCGGACUUCUGCACUCGAUACCAAUGCUCAUUUCCCUGCCUUGCCCAUUACAGAGACAAGUCAUGUGAUCUCUGUUCGUGAGUCAUCUGUAACACAUCCUUCUACAGUGCAGCAUUCAACCCCAAGUUCUUUGGUUCUUCCUGGGGUCACUGCAAGUGUUCCUGCAGGGACUGUUCCCCUGCUUGAGGCAAAAAGAACACCAUCACCUGGUAAGCAAGUUUCUUCUGAUCCAAGGCCCAGAAAGAGGAAAAAGAGUCCAGCCUCUGAGGGGUCUCCCCGCUUGUCUUUGGUUCCUCCGGCAGAAGCGGUUUGUGCUGCUGGAGUUGCUAAUCCUUUGCCUACAUCCUUCGCCAUCACAACUGCAGCUAACUCUGUAUCUAAAACUGCUGCUAGUAAUUCUGUUUCAACUAGUUCACCAACACCUUCUUCACCAUAUCAGAUUACCACAUCCCAGGACAUGGAGCAAAGAAUUAUUUUCUCAGAUGAGUCUUGCAGUAAAGUUGAACAGGCUAAGCAACAGGCAGAAGCUGCUGCUGCUCUCGCUGCUUCUGCAGUAAGAUACAGCCAAAGCAUAUGGAGUCAAUUGGCCAUCCAGAAGAACUCUGGAUUGAUUUCUGAUGUUGAAGCUAAACUAGCAUCUGCAGCCGCAGCAGCGGCGGCGGCGGCUUCUGUUGCAAAGGCGGCAGCAGCUGCUGCUAAAGUUGCUUCUGAUGCUGCGUUGCAGGCUAAACUGAUGGCUGAUGAGGCUCUGGUUUUGAGUAGAAGUGGAAAUCAUAGUCAAAGUACCGAAGUUUCUUCUUCUGAUGGUGUGAAGAGUUUGGGAAUGAUCUCUCCUGCUUCAAUCAUGAAAGGAAAGGACAGAAGCACUGAUUCCAGUUCUCUAAUUGUUGCUGCAAAAGUGGCAUCUAGGAGGAGGGUUGAAGCUGCUGCAGCUGCUGCAAAGCAAGCUGAGAACUUGGAUGCUGUGGUAAAAGCAGCUGAACUGGCAGCUGAAGCAGUAUCACAGGCAGGAUCAAUUGUUGCAAUGGGUGAUCCUAUACCUUUAACAGUGACCGAGUUGUUAGAAGCAGGUCCAGACGGUUUCUGGAAAGUACUAGUCCCUUCAGAAAAGCAGCUUGUAAAGUUGAGCAAUACGAGUGAAGUGAGAAAUUCUAAUCUUAAUGGAGUUGAAGGUCUUGGAAGAUCUGUUAAUGAGCUAUCAUCAAAUAAACAAGAAACACAGAGAACUGCAGAACAAGGGAAGCCAGGUUCUCCAAAAAAGAUGGCCAGUCAGUCUAUGGGGAGCCACAUGGGCCUGGUAGAUGGAACACAAUGGGAUUCAGUUACAAGUAACGAAAAGGGUUUCGGAGGACAAAAAGGUCGUAGAACUUCUGACGUAGCUAAAACUGUUGAUGUUAUUUCUGAGUCUGAGAUUGGAUCACGAACUGAUACUGUCGUUACUGUCAAAGAUCUGGAUCAUGGAGUGCAUCAGCCAGUGGGGAGUUUAAAGGACAAUAGCAUUAAAGAGGGUUCCUUUGUAGAGGUUCUUUCUAAUGAGGAUGGUUUAAGAAGGGUCUGGUUUUCAGCCAAGGUGCUGAGUUUGAAAGAUGGGGAGGCUUAUGUUUGUUACACUAACCUCCUUUCUGAUGAAGGUCAUUGUAAGCUGAAACAGUGGGUGUCUCUUGAAAGUGAAGGUGAUAAAGUGCCUAGAAUUCGUAUUGCUCAUCCUAUGAAUACAAUGACAUCUGAAGGCACAAGAAAGCGCCGUAGGGGCACACUGGGGGACCAUAUAUGGUCUGUUGGGGAUAGGGUGGAAGCAUGGACUCAAGAUGGGUGGUGCGAAGGAAUUAUCAUGGAAAAGAGCAAGGAAGAUGAAACAACAUUCACUGUUCAGUUUACAGCUCAAGGAGAUAGGUCAAUUGUUAGGGCAUGGCAUCUGAGGCCUCAUCUUGUUUGGGAGGAUGGGCAGUGGGUGGAAUGGCACACAACAGAAAACAAUUCUCGUCCUCAUGAGGGUGAUACGCCACAGGAAAAGAGACCUAAACUGGGCAGACACAUUUCUGAGAUUGACCCUGUAGUUGAAACCAGGGGCAAAGUUACGUUGUCAAAAGUUACAGGCACUGUAGAAUCUGUAAAAACUGGGGACUCAAAGCUACUGGCACUUUCUGAGAAGGAAAAAGUAUUCACUGUGGGGAAGAACACAAGAGAAGGAAACGGUUCUGAUGCACUCAGGACAAAGAGGACUGGUCUACAGAUGGAAGGAUCAAGAGUGAUUUUUGGUGUUCCUAAGCCCGGAAAGAAAAGGAAAUUUAUGGAAGUGAGCAAACACUAUAUUUCAGGUGCAGGUGGUCAAUCAAGUGAAGGAAAUGAUUCAAUUAAAAUAGCGAAAUACUUGAUGCCUCAAGGAUCUGGUCGUGGGUGGAAAAAUACUUCUAAAGCUGAUCCUAAGGGGAAACGAGUUACUGAAUCUAAACCCAAGAUGCUUAAGUCAGGGAGAACAAUUAAGAACUUAUCCGGAAAGGAUAGUUCCUCGACAUCUGUUGUCUCUGCUUCAGAUUAUGGUGCUGUGACAGAUCAUUUAACAAAUGCUAAAGCAUCUAAUGGCCAGGAUGAGUGCAUCUCAGAAAAGAAGAGCCUGCUAGAGUUUGGUUCUUUCCAAGGUACUCACAAAACAACUGAAGGCCCAAAUUUAUUUUCCUCACUAGCUCAUGCAUCAGAUGCUCCUCUCUCCAAGAAGAAGUCUUCAGCUGUGGAACAUGUCCAAAGAGUUGGUAAAGGUAAAAAGGCACCUUCUGGUGAAAAGUUGACUAAAAAUGGGGAAAAGGAUGCUAUUCACAAUAAUAAUUCUGGUAAACCAACACCUGAUACUGUUGAGCCUCGGAGAUCCAAUCGCCGGAUUCAGCCAACAUCCAGGCUAUUAGAAGGGCUACAGAGCUCUUUGAUCGUCUCAAAGAUACCUGCUGUUUCACAUGACAAGAGUAGUACCAAAUUGCCACACAGAAGCGUGGCAUCAUCAAAGGGGAAUAACCAUGGAUGAGAGGAGGGAGAUGUGCUGCCGUUCGAGUUUCAAGAAACCCUGUGGCCAUUGAGUGACAGACAGUUACACCUGUGCAGAGUCUGUAAAUAUUAAUUAAAGGAGUUAAAGAGAACCUGAAAAAAGAAAUUCACUUUUUCUUCUUUAGUAGGUUUUGAAUGUAAUUUUUCAUAGGGGCUUAUAUUAAUCUUAUUUUGUUCAGUAGUAUUAGGAUAUGAGCAAUUGCUUUCCCUAUACUUACUUCCCAACAUACUUAACAUACUUUGUAUGGAAACUCCUUGUAUUGGGGCUUGAACCUGCAGAAAAGAGAAUUAAGCUGGUGACUUGCGAUGCACUUGCGGCCUGGUUCGCCUAUCAUGAGAUAUCAACAGGUACUCUAUUUUUUUGGCGUUUUGUAUUAUUUUGAUAUCAAAUGAGAAUGGGUGAAUCCAGCGGUCCUUUACCCCGUCUUAUGUUGGAGCAAAGAUGCAGGUUUCACAUGCAUUACUGGUCACCUCUUGAGCUGAUUUAAGUGCUGCCCGGGAUGGUUUGAAGGUGGUGCCUACACAUUCUGUUGGAUGGUCAUAUCCAACUUAUGUAUUGGACGUCUUAUUUGAAUUGAGCCUGAAGAUUCUGCUCGCGUGUAGAUUAUAUAAUCAACUAAUAGAUAAAUGUAUUUGAUAUUUUUCUA